AUGAAUGAUUUUAAGAAAGAGAAGUUUUAAAUAAUUGAAAGUUAUCAAAAUAAUCCAAAAAAGAAUUUUAGAUAAACUAAAAUCAUAUGUAGAUAAUGAGAUUGCUUAAUUCAUAUAUAAGUAAAUAAUGGAAAUGAAUAAACUUACAGAAUAUUAGUGCAAAAUCAUUCAUCAAUACUAAAAUUAUAUUAAUAAACUAUAAACUUUUAUAUUGAGGAUAUAAACUAAAAAAAAAUAGUUGCUUUAGAUUAAAAUAAACAAUUAUAUAUUAAAGAUGGAUUUAGAUUUACAUCAAUAAAUAUCAAAGUAUAAAUAUAUCUACGUUUUUAGAUAUUUAUAAAGCAAUAGUUUUUGGAAUAGUAAGCCAAGUAAUUGAUACAAAGACCAAGUUUAAAAAAUUAAUUUUCGUUUAAAUCUAUAAUUAUUUUGAUUUUAAUAAUAGCAUUGAAUCAAAUUAUGAUAUUUUUUUAAUAUUGUAAUGGUAAAAACGAAUUAUAAUAAUAUAUGGAUAACUUUUAAUUUAUAGUUAAUGAAUUAUAAAGUAAAAUAGAGGAAAAAAGAGAUUCAAUGUUUUAUGAAUUUAAAAUAGAAUUGUUCUAAUAAAUGAAUGAAAUGAACGAUCAAAUAGAUAUAUUAAAUUAAAAACUAGACUAAACUGAAACACCAUUCAAUUAAUUUAAGAAUAUUUUAAUAGUAAAUUAAUGGGAACAAUAUUUAAUAUAAUUUUUGAAACUGUUAGUUUGCAAUCAAAGAGUAUUAAAUAAAUUUAAGAAUAAUUAAUAAUUUAAUUUUAAUUGAUGGAAAGAUAUUUACAGAUAAUAAUCGAACAUCAUCUAUUUUAUAAUUGUAAUAAUUAAGAGUCAUAAAGAGUGAGGAAGACUUAAAAAUAUUUAAAAAAAAUAGUAAUUUAAAUAUUGAGAGUGUUUAAAGAUAGAAGACACAACUUAUGAAUAAUAUUAUGAAAAUUUCAUUAAAGAAUAUAAAUUAAAGAUUAAUAAAAAAUUAAUGA